AUGCUACUACCUUCCAAGAGUCUAAACCUAGAUCUAUGUCCUUCAAAACUACUACACCCAAGAUCAUUCACUUCAGAUGUCGUGUCCACUGCCCAAUCUUUUAAGAGUUGGAAUACGUGUAUGGAUAACAAAACGUGUAAAAUCGUGGCUAUUGUUGGGAUAGUAUUAGCCAUUAUAGUGGUUGUCUGGAUCAUUGGUGGAUUAGCUCAUUGUUUCAUAUCAGGUGUAUCAGGUAUUGCUGAGUGUUUAUGUUGUUGUUGUAGAAUUUGUGGGAAUAAUAAUAAUUCAAGAAGAAAUAAUCAACUAGGUUAUCAAAGAGAGAUGAGUGAUAUUCCAAAACCAAGUGCUUAUGAUAAUCCUCAUAUGUAUCCUCCAAAGCCUGCUCCUGUUUAUGAUAAUAGUGCUUGGAAUCAAGGUGGUUAUAGACCUGUUCCUCAACAACAACAACAAUUCCAUUAUGGCCCAGGUGUGGUUAGUGAUGAGGAUAAGUAUGAUUACCAUAACUCAAAUAACUAUGGUUAUAAAGCCAAUUCAAACUACAGAUAG